AUGGCAUCUGCAAUUGUCAUCUACAUUCUUUUUUCACUGUUAUACACGUCACAAAUCUGCGUGAGCAGUUACAUUCCUUCAGCAGCUCUUCACCAAAAACGAGGUCAAGAAAACUCCUUCAGCUCCACAGACCCGCCACCCGGCAGUUUGGUCGUGCGGCAAAACAAUGCCCACCAUGGAGAGUUCAACACUAUCACUGCCGCAGUAAACGCGUUGAAGACAUUAAAAGGCCCGCAGAUCAUUUUCAUCACCGCUGGUACAUACCAUGAACAAGUCCACAUCAAGUACAAAUACCCUCUACGGAUUCAAGGAUACUCGUCUGAUCCCACCUCGCUUGCUAGCAAUCAAGUCACGGUACAGGUGGCAGUCAGCGCAGCAAGUCGCGGUGGUGAAAAUGCCCCAAGUUCAGCCAUUUGGGUGCAAAGCCCCCGUUUCGAGAUGCGCAACGUGAAUGCCAUAAAUUCAUUCGGGACAGGGACUGAUACCCAAGCAGUGGCAUUAACAGCCGAGGGACAGAAACAUGUCUAUAAAUAUUGUACUUUCAGCAGCUACCAGGACACUCUUUUGGUCAAAACCCUUUCUUCAUACUUCUAUGGAUGUCGAGUUGAAGGAGCCGUCGAUUUCAUCUUCGGCCCCGGAACCGCUUGGUUUGAGAUGUCCGAAAUAGUUGUCAAACCCCCUAAGCACUAUGCAACCAUUACUGCCCAGCGAAGAAGUCAAGGAGGAAACACGAUGUUUGUGAUCAACAAAUCCAAAGUACUGCCAUCCAGCCAAACCACCCAACCCGGGUCAGUAUACUUCGGUCGCCCGUGGUCACCAUACGCAGCCGUGGUUUUCCAGAAUUCUUUCCUGAGCAACAUCGUCAAUCCCCUGGGAUGGAUUCCUUGGAAUGAAGGGUCAGAACCUCGAAAUGAACACGUUACUUACCAAGAAUAUGGUAAUUAUGGCCCCGGUUCAUCGACCCAAAAGCGCCAAAUGGGCACUGUGAGAUCUGAAGCUGUGAAAAUUUCAGCUGUAUUAGGCUCCGACUACGCUGAAUGGGCUAACUAA